GUGACGUCAUUUUCAAACGGCCAAUCAAAGCGGCAGUUUUUGGAUCGUUUUUUAAGUUGGCUACGAUUCCCAGAUGCCGCAGACUGAGUGACGGGCGUAACGAAAUUUGUAACGAUUCUUAUAAAGUAAAGAAAACCAAAAUGGCUUUCGCAUCCUCGUACAAGAAGAAGGGCAUAGGACUUGACAACAAUGAGAAGCGGAUUCUCCGAGUAAAGCGGCGCUCCGUCGACCAACGUAUGCAUCGCGAUGAAACCAUCAUGAAACAACGAAACAUUGGCUCACUGACCCCGCUGAGGGAAAACACAGACGACAACAUCCAGAAGAAUACAAGUCAUCUGACAACGAGGGUGAGACAGCAGAAAGCUGACAAGACACUAAAAAAAGGAGUCCCUGUCAAGGCUGAGACGGCUGAAACCCAGGCCCGACGCGACCUGCUACAAAAAUGGAAGAUGGAGAAGGAGCUGAAGAAGAAGUUGGCCCAGGAUAAAGAACGAUCGAAACCAAAGUUCAAGGUGUGUCAUGUUACCAAGGAGAAGGCGCCUAGUAUGUCCUCCAAGACCAAGGCACCUGCCUCAACAAAGCCACAGAUACAGAAAGAAGCUCCAUUAGCACAGCGCAGAGUCACCCGAGCUUCCACCAAAGCCUCCACUAGCAAGCCGCUAACCACCCAAUCCAAGCCGGCAGCCCCUGUCCCAGAGCAAACUAAACGAGUGACAAGGCAGUCCACAAGACAGGCAUCCAGACAUGAAGAUCAAAAAGAGAAUCGGCGAGUUUUGAAACCAACCUCAAGGACUGCUUCCGUCGCAAAGACAAGCAGCAAGUCAACUGUGAGCAAACCAGCCAUGCCUCCUCCUCCCGUCGCUUGUGAACCCAAAUUACCCUCACCAUCCGCAACCCAGCACGUCACCAGCGAGAGGGGGGCUUCCUUGCCUGACCCUAAAAUGAACCAGUCCUUCGCUCCCUCCCACUUCACCUUCAAUUUCCAGUUUGAGCCCAUGAGCCCCGCUAGCACGAAAAACUUUCUGUUCCCUGAGACAGCAGUACGAAGAGGACGGUGUUCCACUCCGACGUCAGCCAGCAGGCGUAAGCGAGCCUCCUCCCCUCUACCUCUAGAAAUCUCUGCCAUACAGUCCCCCAAGAAGCCCCUACAACAGGCUCCGCCCCCUAACGGCAUCGAAAGCAGCAAGGAAGAUGUGUCCUACUUUCGCAACCUCUUGAAGACAGAGACUUCAAAGUUGAACGACCUCUGUAGCAAGUGGGAAGCGGUACAGAAUGACACCAGUCUAAGUGAAGAUGUGGGCGGUGAGAUCCGCUCUACCAUCGGCAAGGCCCAGCUGCUGAUUGCCCAGAGGUUCAAGCAGUUCUCUGGCCUGGUGGAUAACUGCGAGCUUGGUCUCGGGGAGAAAAAGACUCACUGCUCAGAUCUGACAGGUUUCUGGGAAAUGAUCUACUUUCAGGUUGAAGACGUUAUGGGGAUGUUUGCAUCACUUGACAAACUCCAGGCCAACAAUUGGGUUAGAGAGGAGACCAAGACCGCGCCCAUCAAGACCAAGAAAGUCAUCAAGAAGGCCAAACCGGCCACCAAAAGCCAACCCACAAAGGACCGUGAAGCAGCCAGAGAGCGUCUAGCGGCCAUCAAGGCCAGUAUGAAGGCCAGGCAAACGCGGGCCAAAGCUGCUGAGCAUACCGUGUUUGAGGGUGGUUUCUUCAAGGUGGAGAGCCCUGUACGCAGACCUGCCCCACACUGCCAAGCUGGCUCGCCCUUCAAGACUCACACCAGUGGCAGCUACGCAAACACCCCACGUGUCCAGGGGUAUACACCCAAGAACGCUCGCAAGUCGAUACAGGGAAAGCUUUGUGGAGCACUCAGCAAGCUUGUGCUGGGAGAAGUAGCCACCCCUACCAGGAAAGUGGCCACACCCACCAGCAAAGUGACCACGCCCAUUGUCCAAAUGGCCACGCCCAUCAGGAAAGUGACCACACCCAUUGUCCAAAUGGCCAUGCCCACCAACAAAAUGGACACGCCCAUCAGCAAAGUAGACACGCCUAUCAGCAAAGUGGACACGCCCAUCACCAAAUUGGACACGCCCAUCACCAAAUUGGACACGCCCAUCACCAAAGUGGACACACCCGUCAGCAAAGUGGACAAGCCUGUUAACCAAACGACCACACCCGCAAGUAAUGCGGCAAUGGCUGUUAGCAAUAAUGCCACUCCCAACAACAAGGGUGCCACACCUAUAAAGUUGGCCACACCCUGCAGGACAGACACAGAAAAUGAUGCAACACCAAGUGCCUCAAUGGAAAAUGAAAAUGAGAACCCGUUUGCUAGGUACCUCCAGCCCUCUACCCCUGCUGUCGUCAAUCUCAACAAGCAAGCUGAGGAUUUCAUGCAGACCGAGCCACAGCAACAGCUGGUUGACCUGGGAGUUAGGUCGCGACCUCUCAACUCUGACCCGGCUGUCACGACCCCAGAGCCGUUGUGUUUGCAUCUGGACAGUGAGGGAGUGGACACGCAGAACACAUCUGUGUUUGCAGAUAGCCUGGAGAUGGAAUGUGUUGUUCCUGCUACUAACACACCGCGCACCAGGAGUAGAUCCAAAAGCAGCAUCUUGCUUCCCGGUCUCAACAGCCCUCGUGUACACCGGACACCAGCUGGUGUGAGCAAGGCUAAAAUUUGCAGUAUCUUCACACCUCCUCCGUCUUGUGCCGCCACCUCUCAGUUAGGAGACGACCUUAUCUGUUUUGAUUCACCGGCUCCAGUCACCUCAGCUGAAGCAAAGAGACAAGGUUCUGAAAAUUGCCCAAACGGCAAAACAGACCUACCGACUUGCAACGUCGCAAAGGCAACCGUUCGCCGGUCGAUCCGCCUACGUCACCACUCUGCCUGUUCCCCGCUCACAGCCGACAGUCUAACCGACCAAAAAGCUCGCUUGUACAAACCCAAUAUGUCCAUGAUGUGAUGUGUUUUUUGUAGUGAUUCUGAUGAUAAAAUGGUUCCUAUUGUAUUUGUAUCCAUUCCAUCAGAAGUGUUUACAAAACGUUGGCUCUUUUCCAGCUUUGGCUGCAUCUUUGGCUUUCGAGCGUUUCACAUUGUGUGUGCGUCGUGUCAACACUUGCGCACACCCAUUCACAGCUUUUCCGAACUAAAAACGAACUAUUAACAGAAAUUUCAAAAAAUGUCUUUAAACGCAUCUUUGGAAAUGACCCUUCAUUGUUUUCUUCAAAAUGACAGCAUGCCUGAAAGAAUAAUUUUACAGACGGUUUAGUGCCAUUACUAUCUUUAAACCAAGUAUGCUUUUCAACAAUUUUGUCAGUUUCUUUAUGGAUAGCUGCAAAUGAUAUACUCUACCUUUAAAUCCAGCAUCUGGGAUAUCUCAGGUUUGUGCACAUACUCAAAAAGUACACGAGAUGUGUUAUCCGAAAGUGCUUGAAACACAUGGCUUUCACUGGUGAACUUUAACAAAUUGUUAACAUACAUGUAAUUAUUUCUCGUUUUGUACAUACAUUGAUAUAUUAAUCUUUUAGAGGUACUUUUUAAAACCUAAUCAUGCAUUCUCAGGAUUGCGGUUUUACAGUCAGUAUUGAAAAAUAAUUAACCUGUUUGUUGCGUGCGAUAUGUUUUCUAUUUCAUAAGUCAGUUUACACUAUUUGUAGUCAGUAAAGGUUUUAUGCAACUAAGUUUACCAGAAUGUUUCCCCCCCCCUCCCGAGUUUUACAAAAUUCGCUGGGUUUGUGGUGUGACUUUGAUGGUAAACCAUUCAAUUUUAUUUGUCCGAACAAAUUUUGUAUUGUUAGUACGUCUGAAUGCAAGAUAGCUCAAAAUUGAUUGUUCUGGGUCUUUGUAUUUCAUCUGAACAAUUCAGCCUAGCUUCCCUCAGUAUAAGAGAGUUUUUAAAUUGUUUUUUUUUUGGUGCACUUGCGGGAUUAGCUUUUUUAAUUUUGAGGGGUGUGGUGGAGUAUGAACAAUCAUCUGGGUCUUUCAGUAAAAUUGUAAUAUAGGCAUAAUUAUCUUUUUUUUUCCAAAUCUUUCAUGUUUGUUGCUUCACUUUUACUAUUAAAUGAUUCAUAUAUAAUUAUUAAUUAACACACAAAA